GAUCAUUUUCACUUGAUAUGGCGAUACGUGGAGGAGACGACGGAGAAAGAGCCGGUGACGAUCGUUCCCUCAAGAGAAAACGAAUUCCUUCUCAAGUUGAAGAGAGCGAAGAUGUUACUGCAACGAGAAUGGCGACUAUUGGUGGUAAUGAUUUCGAGGAUGUGAUCACAGAGGCACAAUCGGGAACUCCAAAAUCUACUCAAUCGUUGAAGCUACAGAGUUCAGAUGUUCUUGAUUGUCCUAUUUGUUACGAGCCGCUCAAGAGACCAAUCUAUCAGUGUAAUAACGGGCAUUUAGCUUGUUCAUCGUGCUGCAAGAAAAUGAACAAGAGAUGCUCGUUCUGUCAAUCGCCUAUCGGGGAUAUACGAUGCAGAGCAAUGGAGAAGGUUAUUGAAUCAACUAAAGUUUCAUGUCUAUAUGCGAAAUACGGGUGUAAAGAAACCACCGUGUAUGGGAUUGAAUCAACAAGCCAUGAGAAGCUUUGUUUUUUCGCCCCAUGUUCUUGCCCUAUACUAUACUGCAACUAUGUUGGCUCUUACACGGAUCUCAAAAGCCAUGCUCAUGCUGCACACUCUUGGGACGAGGAUGAUCUCAUCAUGUUUGUGUUUGAUCGUCCUUUAAUCUUUAGCAUGGACCUUGGUAAGAAGAAGGUUGUUUUUCAGGAAGAGAAUGAGGGUGAUUUGCUUGUAGUUCAGGCUUUCAAAGGAUCCGAGGGUGUGUCUGUGACUGUGAGCUGUAUUGCACCUAUGGCUUCGGAAGCACUCAACCUCUCAUGUAGUCUGGCUAAAAUCAACCAGUACACUACACUAAGACUUGGAUUAAUGGUGAAGAAAAUUCAGAAAGUGAGUGAGCAAAUGGAGUUUGAAGAUGGCUUCAUGUUUAUUCCGUCUUAUAUGGUUAGUGGUGAUCACUUGAAGAUGCAAAUUUGCAUCGGCAGUGAGUAUAAAUACAUUCACAUCUAAGAAUAUAUGAAAAGUUCUCUUAAAUCUUUUUGCUACAAGUAUUUUUGAAGUUAGGUUGUUGGAUCAUAAAAACCUUUCUCUAAUGGUAAGCUUUUGGUUUCUCUUGUUUUC